GAUGAGUAAGAUGUCGAGGCAUAGACCAAUAAGUAUAUUUUCGCUGGGAAUCACACUGGCUCUACUAUUGGGCUGGUUUGAGUGCAUUCAAGCUCGUCACAGUUUGUUCGAUUGCAAUGUGCAAUAUAAAUGCUCAGGUGAAAAGGAGUAUGUUUGGGCAACCGAUGAGGAGCGAUGCCACAUUAUCCACAAUAGGUGCUUGCUAAAAGUUGAGCAAUGUGCCCGCCGCAACCAAGGAAAAUCGGAGCUGGUUGAAACAGAUAGGGAGACUUGCAAGCAGAACUGUGAAAAGGUGUGCAUGAGAAACUUUGAGCCGGUCUGUGCCCAGUUCUUCCAGGAGGAAUAUAUAACCUUUAGCAAUGAGUGUGAGAUGCGGAAUUAUAUGUGUACUCAUGAGAGAGCCUAUUCGUACUACGCAAUUGGAGAAUGUGUGGAGUCUCCAUCAUCGAAUUGAAUCUAAGCAUAUUUUGUAUAAUUAUAACGAACGCUAUAAAUAAAUAUAAAUAGAAUAAAUCUUAAACACUGUUUAACUUAUA